AUAAAAUGAGGGAAGUUUUCAACUUUCUGAAUCUGAUAAGGUGUGAUCUUCACUUCAGUUAUAACAAUUGAAAUCCCAUAUAGUUCUAUUCAAUUCUCUCUUGAAUCUGAUUCAAAUUUGUUUGUGGGUUCAAAUUUUGGUGGCUGCCCAGAACACUGAAGAUAGAAAAAAAGCUUGUCCUACCCUGACAAUGGAGUCCCAAAAUCCCAUUUCAGGCCAAGUGAAACAACAGCCACAGAAUGAUAAAAUUACGGCACAAACAUCAUCAAGAUCAUUAGAAUUGCCACUCACAACAGCAGCCAAUAAUUCAAUCUCAGUCUCGAAGAAACUGACUUUGAUUCCUCUGAUCUUUCUCAUCUACUUUGAAGUUGCUGGUGGCCCUUAUGGUGAAGAGCCUGCGGUCCAAGCAGCCGGGCCCCUCUUCGCCAUCCUCGGCUUCCUUAUAUUCCCCUUCAUCUGGAGUGUCCCAGAAGCACUCAUCACAGCUGAGCUCUCCACUGCCUUUCCUGGAAAUGGUGGCUUUGUCAUUUGGGCAGAGCGCGCCUUUGGUCCUUUCUGGGGAUCCUUAAUGGGAACAUGGAAGUUCCUUAGUGGUGUCAUCAACAUAGCUGCAUUCCCAGUUCUUUGUAUCAACUACUUGGAGAAAAUCAUUCCAGUUCUUGAGGCCGGGUGGCCUCGGUAUGUUGCUAUCUUGGUAUCGACAUUGUCUCUUUCGUUUCUCAACUAUACUGGCUUAUCAAUUGUUGGAUAUGCUGCAGUUGUACUUGGGAUUGUUUCACUCUCACCAUUUGUGUUGAUGUCUUUGAUUGCAAUUCCAAAGAUUCAACCUCACAGAUGGAUCAGUUUAGGCCAAAAGGGAGUGAAAAGGGACUGGAAUUUGUUCUUCAACUGUCUGUUUUGGAACUUGAACUUUUGGGACAAUGUAAGUACUUUAGCAGGAGAAGUUGAAAACCCUCAAAAGAAUUUCCCUUUGGCUCUUAUGGUAGCUGUCAUUUUCACUUGCUCGGCCUAUUUAAUACCUCUAAUUGCCGUGAUUGGAGCUGUUGAUGUGGAUCAAAGUAAAUGGGAAACCGGUUUCCAUGCUGAGGCUGCUGAAAUCAUAGCCGGUAAAUGGCUAAAAGUAUGGCUAGAAUUCGGUUCUGUUUUAUCUGCAAUUGGACUCUUUGAAGCGCAACUUAGCAGCAGUGCAUACCAAGUUCUUGGCAUGGCAAACAUAGGGAUUUUGCCUAAGUUUUGUGCCACUCGUUCGAAGAAGUUCAACACUCCAUUCGUGGGCAUUGUUGCAUCCACACUAAUCGCUCUGGCGAUAUCCUACAUGAAUUUCACUGUCAUAAUCUCAUCAGCAAAUUUCUUGUACGCAUUGGGAAUGUUAUUGGAGUUUGCUUCAUUUGUUUGGUUGAGAAGAAAAAUGCCAACCUUGAAGAGACCAUAUAGGGUACCAAUGAAGAUACCUGGUUUGAUAAUCAUGUGUUUGGUUCCAUCUUCUUUUCUGAUCUUUGUGAUGGCUAUUGCUACCAAGACUGUGUUCUUAGUGAGUGGUGUUAUGACUGCAGCUGGAAUGGGAUGGUUCCUUUUUAUGAGAUUUUGCAAGUCAAAGAAGUUACUCAAGUUUAGUGAGACUGAAGAAUAGCUACUACAUUUGGUACUUGCCUUAUUACUUCUUCUCUUGCUCUCAAGUAGUUUAGUUUCAAUAGUUGCUACUCAAAUUGUAAAAAAAAAAAACUUGCUUUAGGUUCUUGUUACCAUGCAAUUUCCAUUAUUGCCUUGUAUUGAAAUAAUUGUAAUGCAUUAGAGUGGGAUCUACUAUAAGCUUCACUAUUAAUUAAGUGUGACUUUUGACCAUUCAUGUUGAAGACAUGCUUUUAGGCUUGUAUGGAGGCUCCAACAAGCCUCACAUGGGUCCCCAUAUGUCCACAUUAGAUGAAAUUAGAUUAAGAUAAUGGUGAGUUAGUGAUCGGAAAUGGUUAUGUAGGAAAUAGUUAUUUUUUUUCUUCAAUUUUUAGGUUGGAAUAUUAUUCUUAUCUAUCAAGGAAACCUCCAUACCUAGUACUAGAGUUCGAUUGUAAUAUUUCUAAUGUAUUCUUAUUCUUAUUUUU